AUGAGCAGCUAUAUCCAAGCCCGCUUGGUCAGAGCAGCGAAGUGCUUCUGUUCCGCCCCAUGGAUCCUCAUGCAAGAAUUAUAGCAUCAAGGGAUCUAAAUGAGUGUGGACUAAAGCCCCGGCCGUGCAAGCACCGGUGCAUGAACACCUACGGCAGCUACAAGUGCUACUGCCUGAACGGCUACAUGCUGAUGCCAGACGGAACCUGCUCGAAUGCCCUUUCUUGUGCAAUGGCAAACUGUCAGUAUGGCUGUGACGUGCUGAAGGGGCAGGUGCGCUGCCGCUGUCCUUCUCCAGGGCUGCAGCUGGGGCCUGAUGGCAGGACUUGCAUAGAUAUUGAUGAAUGUGCUACUGGGAGAGCUAUCUGUCCACGAUUUAGGCACUGCGUCAAUACUUUUGGAAGCUACAUGUGCAGGUGUCAUAAAGGCUUUGAUCUAAUGUACAUCGGAGGCAAAUACCAAUGCCAUGAUAUAGAUGAAUGUUCCCUUGGCCACCAUCAGUGUGGUAGUUUUUCACGAUGUUACAAUACACCAGGAUCCUACAAAUGCAAGUGUAAAGAAGGGUAUAGAGACAACGGAACAAACUGCAUACUUAUUCCUAAUGUUAUGAUUGAACCACCUGUUCCAUAUCAUAUAUUCAAGGGCAACAGCACACUCCCUAAGGGAGGCAGUGGUAUAACCAAUAGGAUUCCUGAUGUUGGAGGCACAAGGCAACCCCUCAGACCACCAUAUGUACCUGCUAUUGUUACAGAAAGGCCGUUGACCAGGCCAACAACUCGACCUACACCUGGGCCAACGACACGUCCCACACCCAGGCCAACAACUCAGCUGACACCAAAGCCAACCACUCGGUAUGUGCCAGUGACAACAAGGCCAGUAACGAAGCCACCUUCACAUGUUCCCAUUGAAACUACAACUUCCCAACGCACUAUAGAUGACAACAGGAUCCAGAUAGAGCCUCAGAAACCCCGAGGAGAUGUGUUCAUUCCACGCCAGCCUGGAGUGAGCAAUAAUCUGUUUGAAAUACUUGAAAUUGAAAGAGGGAUUACUGCUGAUGAAUUUGAAGCAAACGAUGACCCAGGUGUGCUGGUACACAGCUGUAAUUUUGACAGUGGACUGUGCGGAUGGAUCACGGACAAGGAUGAUGCCUUGCAGUGGGAAGCAGUGAGAGAUGCAUCAGGGGGCCAGUAUCUUACCAUCUCUGAGCCCAAGGGCAAAGGAGGAGGAGUAGCACACCUUAUCCUGCCCCUGGGCGCCGUGGCUGAGGCCGGCGACUUGUGCCUGUCGUUCAGACACAAGGUGCCGGGGCUGCACGCGGGCGCCCUCCAGGUCUUCGUGAGGAGAAACGGUGCCCACGGACCAGCCCUCUGGGGGAGAAACGGUGGCCAUGGCUGGAGGCAGACACACAUAACUGUACAAGGACUCGGCCUCACGAGCGUUAUUUUCAGAGGGGAGAAAGGGAAAGGAAGAACUGGGGAUAUUGGACUAGAUGAUGUCAUCUUGAGAAGAGGACGCUGCUCUGAAGAGCAUUAG